AUGAAUGGCACAACAUGUGAAGAAGACAUUGAUGAAUGUACCAGUACUCCAUGUCAGAACUUGGGGACUUGUCAAGAUUUAGUGAACGGGUACUUGUGCCAGUGUGCACCUGGUUUUACAGGUGCUCACUGUGAAUCAGACAUAGAUGAAUGUGAGUCUGACCCCUGCACCAAUGAAGGAGUUUGCCGAGACCAAGUUAAUGGCUUUAUCUGCGACUGUCCCAUCCCUUAUAAAGGCGAUGACUGCUCUCUUCUGCCUUGUGACUUGUUUCCGUGUGAGAACGCUAACUGUACCAAUGACUUCUCUGUCUUACCAGAUGGGUUUCAUUGCUCAUGUUUUCCAGGAUUUGCUGGUCCACUCUGUGAUAUCAACAUUGACGACUGUUUCCGCCCGCCAGGAGAAUCAGUGUGCAAUGGGAGAGGACUGUGCAUCGAUGCUAUCAAUGGCUACAAGUGCCUGUGCUCCCCAGGAUGGGCUGGUCUGGACUGUGAAAAAGUGGUUGAUGAUUGCGUCAAUAACGAGUGCAAGAAUAAUGCCACCUGUGUAGACAUGAAUGAACUGUACAGAUGUGAGUGUACCCCAGGCUGGGACGGACAGUUUUGUGAGAGAGAGAAAGAUGAAUGUACAUCAGGACCUUGCCAGAAUGGUGCUACAUGCAUUGAUCUCUUCAAUGAUUAUAGGUGCCAGUGUGCAGCAGGGUGGAACAGCAAAAACUGCGACCAGGAAAUCAAUGAGUGUCUGACCAAUCAGUGCAUGAACCAGGCCACAUGCGUGGAUCAACUGAACGACUUCCAGUGCAUCUGUCCACCAUUUUUUACUGGGCGCCUCUGUGACAGUAGUUACGACCCUUGCGAUGCAGAGCACAAUCAGUGUGAAAAUGAGGCAGCGUGUAUUACACUGGAGGAUGGGAGGUACUACUGUAAUUGCACAGCAGGCUUUGCUGGAGUAAACUGUGAAGUGAACAUCAAUGAGUGUGCCUCAACACCCUGUAGAAAUAACGCAUCCUGUGAGGACCUGGUCGCGGACUAUAGGUGUCACUGUCCAGAAGGGUAUUCUGGGAAGGAUUGUGGUGAAAAUGUGGAUGAAUGUGCAUCAGAUCCUUGCCGUAAUGGAGCAACUUGUAGAGAUAGGGUGAAUGGGUACACUUGUGACUGCGCUGCAGGAUUUGAAGGGUCAACAUGUGAGCAGGACAUCAACGAGUGUUUGAGUGACCCAUGUUAUAACAAUGCCACAUGUGCCAAUCUAGAGGCUAGAUACAGCUGCUCCUGUCUACCAGGAUUUACAGGUGUAAACUGUGAGGUCAAUAUCCAAGAAUGUGCAUCCAGUCCCUGCCUGAACAACGCCACCUGCCGAGAUGCCAUAAAUGGGUACUCUUGCCAGUGUCAUGGCGGCUAUACAGGAAACAGGUGUCAGACCAACAUCGAUGACUGUGCUCCCGAUCCCUGUGUCCAUGGAAGCUGUGAAGAUUUAACCCAAGACUACCGCUGUAUAUGCGAAGCUGGCUGGACAGGGAAGAACUGUUCUGUUAACAUAGACGAGUGCCUCAGUGACCCUUGCAGGAACAACGCCACAUGCAUAGAUGGCGUUGCAGGCUAUAUUUGCUCUUGUGCUCCAGGUUUUACUGGUCCGGGCUGUGAGUUUGACAUCAACGUCUGCCGUGUUGGUAACUUCACCCAGUGUCUUAAUGGAGGGACAUGUGAGGACAGAGUGGGGAAUGAGUUCACUUGCAGCUGUGUCACUGGCUUCUCUGGCCUGUACUGUGAGACGAACAUCGAUGAAUGUCUGUCAGACCCAUGUCAGAAUAACGGCACCUGUCAGGACGACAUCGAUGCUUUCAUGUGCCAGUGUCUGCCAGGGUGGACAGGUCAGCUCUGUGAGGCUGACAUCAAUGAAUGUGACAGUAAUCCCUGUCAGUAUGGAGGACUCUGUGAGGAAAGGGCUACUGGGUUUGGAUAUGAGUAA